AUGCAAACUCAAAUAUACAUUCUUGGAUCUAAGGUUAUCGCUUAUCAGCUGACCGCCGCGAGUUUCUCCGCCCCGACGCGCAAGGCGGAUCUCGACGCUUCACCUCGCGCGCUGAACUAUCAGCUUCACUGGAGAGUGCAUGUUGGGGCCAUGAGUUUCCCACCACCUCAUUCCGGGCAGUAUCCGCAGUACAUUCCUCCCCAGUACCCGCCCGGCCAUGUCCCCCAGCAGUUGGUGUACAACAAUGGCCCUCCCCAGGCGCCGUCACAUUCACCAUACAAUGGCUACGCUAAACCGCCGGGCUAUCCCCAGGGGAUGAUGCCCUAUCCUCAAUACCCUCAAUACCAGCAGCAGGUGCAUCAAAUACCUCAGCAGCAGCCUCUCAUCCACCCACACCAGUUACCUCAGUCACAGCCGCCUCCGAUUCAAUCGCAACACCCUCAAUUUCAGAUGCAACAAUCUCCUCGUCUUCAAUACCAACAAUCUCCUCACCAGCAGAUGCAGCAACAGUCUCCUCGCCCGCAAUUUCACCAGCAAUCUCCCCGUACCCAGCUGCAACAGCAAUCUCCACGUCCUCAAUUCCAACAAGCCCCUCUUCCUCAACUGCAGCAACAAUCUCCUCGUCCGCAUGUACAACAAUCUCCUCGUCCACAAUACCAACAAUCUCCCCACCAGCAGGUGCAGCAACAGUCUCCUCUCCCGCAAUUUCACCAGCAAUCUCCCCGUACCCAGCUCCAACAGCAAUCUCCUCGCCAACAGUUGCAGCAGUCUCCGCGGCCGCAGUUUCCCCAAAAUGCGCCCCUUCCUCACCCACAACCACCACCACCACCGAAGCCGCAGGUGCAACCGUCGCUACCACAACCACCCACGCAGAUCCAGCCCCAGCCGGCGCCAGCUCCUUCUCUUGCACCCCCAGAGCCGCAGCAACAGUUCAUCAAUCCGGCGGAGCUGUUUGUUCAACCGCCUCUCCCUGCUGCUCCAAGAUCACGAUACGUCCCACCUCCGGACUACGUCGACCCCAGUGCUCUCUCAGAUCCGGCAGCCAGUGACUUACCUGCGAUCCCUUCAAUCGCUUCUGCGGCCUCAUCAAAAGCACAGCUAGCACCUGCAGUCCAACAUCCCCCACGUGCAACUCCUCAAAACCACACUCAAGGCGCUGAAAGACAGUCAAGUUUCCAAAUCCAGCCGCCUCAACCGGCCGUCAAGAUAGAGUCCGCGCCAAUUCAGCCAGCUCUGAACGUGGAGAUGAAUCUCGCUCCGCCUACCCCCAGCGUCGAGAUGAAACGUCCCCCGUCCACUCCCAAGGCGCCGCCGACACCUGCGCAGGUGUCUGCGCAGUCACGGCCCACCCCCUCGCCUGCCGUGAAUGCCAUUCCGCAAGCGAUAAUCCAAGCGUCUUCUCCGGAUGUCCAGAAGCAACUUCAAAAGCAGCAGGCAAAAAAACCACAGCAGAAACGCCCCAGCCUGCAGGGUACUGAAACGGCUGUAGCAAAUCCCACCAAACCGCCGGUGGACUACCAGGUCCUUUUGCUGUCGUUGGCUGAUGAGUAUCUAAAUGCUGCGCAUCGCCAAGGAACGAAGUUAGCUUUGGCAACCCGCCAUGAAGAUGUUGAAGAGUACUACAAGCUGGUUGCGACUGGACUUGGAUGCUUGGAGGCUGUUUUGAAGAACUGGCGGUUGCAACCUCGCAAGGAAGCUCUUGUGCGACUACGGUAUGCUCGGACAUUGUUUGAGGAAACAGAGAAUGAUCUCGAGGCCGAGACAGCUUUGAGCAAAGGGAUUGACCUUUGUGAGCGAAACCGCAUGCUGGACUUGAAGUACAGUAUGCAGCAUCUUUUGGCGCGAAUGCUCCACAAGACCAAUCCCAAAGCCGCUCUGAAAGCCGUCGAUGGCAUGAUUCAAGAUGUCGAAGCUUAUCGUCAUGCUGCUUGGGAGUACGCAUUUCGCUUCCUUCGAGUUUCCUUGUCUUUGUCAUCUUCGUCGCAUCAAGACUCUGUGCAGGCAUUACAACAUCUUCACAAAAUUUCCAGCAUGGCCGGUCGAAACGGGGACAAGGCUGUCUCGGCAAUGGCAGCAAUCAUUGAAGCCCUGGCACAUCUCCAAUACGGGACAGGGUCUGAUGCUAUUGAGCAGGCGCAGCGCGCUGUAGCCGCCGCACGAAGUCACCAAUUAAAUGAGGAACUUCGCGACAUUCCACAACUGGUCACACUCAUACAGAUGGUUGACAUCUUCUGCAGUCUGUUGGAGUACGACAUUAACCAGUCUUCUCAAAAGUUAAGUGUGAUGCAGGCCAAGGUAGACGAAACACUAAGUGACCCGAACUGGCGCCCCGACGGCUCAUUCUCUGUGCCACUCAACGGAAAAUCGGCCGGGCCGUCGUCCAUCGAUACGGGCGACAUUCUCCAGGUCCACAAUGGGACGCUGCUUCUGAGCUUCAACUGGCUUCCCCAGCACGAUCUUUAUGCCCUUUCGUACUUCUUGAGCUCGGUCACUUUGAGUUCCAAGAAUUCUUAUGAUGGCCGCAAGGCGGAGAAGUAUCUUGAUGAAGGACUUCGGAUGAUUCAAGGAGAAUUCAAGGCCCCUCAAGAGAUCGCCGAGUCCAUGGUGAAUGCGACGCGGAGAGUUGAAUGGCGCCGAUCCCUCUACUGCAGCUUCCUUCUGCAGCGUGUUUUCUUGGCGUGUUCCCGGACCGACUGGGAUUUGGCUGGCCAGAGCUUGAAGGAGUUGCGGCAGGUCACCCAACAUAUUGGGCACCAACUCCCCAGAUCCAUUCAAUGCUUGAUGGAAUACGCCGCUGGAACCAUUUCCCAGGCGACUGGUGAUCUAUCAGCCGCUCUGGCAACCUUCCAAUCACCCUUACUAUCGCUUUCCCCCUCAACCAGCAAAACCGCUCGCAAUGACCCCUGCCGCGACACAUGCAUUCUAGCAGCUCUCAACACCGUUCUCAUCAUCCGUGACCCGGCACACCCAUCGCAUUCCCAUCUCCCAAAUGUUUUGGCCACUCUCGAGUCUUUCUGCCAAGGUAGCCCGAGCAAGUACAUCCAAGCAGCCUACUUCCUGGUUUGCGCUACCGUGAACGACUCCACGGUCCAAACCAAACAAUACCUCCAGCAGGCGUUGCAGUCUGCCACCGCCAUCAGCAAUAACCAGAUCACUUGCAUGACUCUGACAUUCAUGAGCUGGAAAUACUUCCGCGGCGUGGUCGGCGAGCAAGCCGAGAAGAGCGCCCGAGCCGGUCGCGCCAUGGCUCGACGAGCCAACGACCGUCUCUGGGCCAGUGUCACUGACGAGAUGCUCGCCGAUACUCUCGAGCGACAGGGCAAGAGCGAAGAGGCCCGUGACGUCCGCGCAGAGGGCCAGCGACUUAUCAUGGGCCUGCCCCCGGGCUUGAAACGAACUUGA